AUGGCAACAAUGAGGACUGGCCAUGUGACAGGGGCCAUUACAACUAUUAUAGUAAGUAGAUCAAUUGUGGAAGCAGCAGCAAAGGAAAUGCCCAAAGGAAGAUCAAAAUCCAAUGUGCUCGUGUCUGAGGAAACCUGUGAAAGAAAAAUAAAGAGCAUGGGAGCCUUGAACAAUGAAUUAUUGACCCCUGAGAAGAAGGCUUUUGAAGCUUUUAAUCCUAGAAGUGCUGCAAACAAAGACCUUAGAUAUACAAAUGGUGUACUAGAUAUUGAAAUUCCUGCGUAA